AUGUGGCAAGCCACCAUGAUGGAGGUAAACACGACAUUUCAACCCUUUGCUUGACUUCUCAUCAACACCCAAGCCUUUGAAUCCUUGUUAUUCCAUCGCUUGGAAUAUCUGAAGACACUGCUCCAAUCAUGAAAUCGGCCGUGAUUGGAUUCGGUGAGAUGGAGAUGUCUUCAUCAAAUGCAUCGGUUGGAGAUCCAAGGACCCCUUCGAAGCCUGGCAACAAUAGUGGACAGGACCGAAUCAAUGAAAGCAGCACCAUACAUGAAAGCCAAGAAGGCAGUCGACGAAAUACGCUCCGUCUCGAUACACAGUUGUCAGGACCUCCCGAGCCUGGUACCCGACGAGUCUCGCCAACUGGGACGAUCGGUGCAUCGUCCGUUUCGUCCACAUCCAGCCAUAGUCGUCAAGACUCGUCCGCAUCUUACACGCCUCUGCGUAGUGCCAGAGGAUCACUGUCUCUAGGCGGUACUGCACAUCAUUCCGUCUUGUCUCGAAGAUCGUCUCUUUCUCAAUCCGGCAUCAGCAGAGAGGCAUGGGCACUGCCACUCGCAAACACCGAUUCUCUCAUUCUGGUGCCAGAUGCUGUGGCCACCAGAUCACCCUUGUGUGCACAGACAAACGCUGAGUAUCCAGAGAUAACGGAAGCAAGAACGCCACAGAGGGGAGGACAAUGUCGGCCAACGCUUCGUCGUCAAAGGAAGUCCUCUCGACAGCGUGAACUCCGCAACACAGCAAUACUGGUCGGGAUACUAUGUGUCUUGCUAGUCACAGCAUUGAGCAUGUGUAAGUAGUCAGUCCUUUUGGACCAGUGAUAUGACUGACGAGCGACAGAUAUUGCAAUGGCCCUGCCAAAGGUCAAAGAUAUACCAGCCAGUAUACACGUUUUCAUAAUCGGCACAUUCGUCCUGCUCCUAGCACUCAUCAUCCUCUUCU